CCAAUCGCCAAACCCAGCAGAUCGUCCCAACGCUUGUCCAACCUCACCGCUUAUCAACGCAAUGCACCUCUCAACAUGGGACGGAUCAGCGGCGAUUGCAGCAAAUCGCAAACCUCUGAAAUUUCUCCUCCACUGCUUCUCUGCGACCGGUCAUGUUUUGCCUAUGCAAGCAGUGGCCAGAGAACUGGUUGAGCGCGGGCACGAAGUCGUUUGGACGACCAUAGCACCUCAGGAAGCCCGAGUUGUCGCUUCCGGUGCGAAGUUCUUCCCCGCGGAAGAGGUGAUCAAAGUCGACGCCAACUUGGACGGCGCGGACCCAAAAGACAUGGCCGAGACAGCCGAAAUCAUGUUUGGCGGCCGCGUCACGGCCCAAGUUGCUGACAUCCGGCGCGUGCUCAAAGUAUUCAAACCCGACUUCGUUCUCAACGAUGCGCUACCCCAGGGUGUUGCUGCGCUUUUCGAGCUGGGCGAGAUUCCUCGCUAUGCCACUCUCGGGGUUGUGCCUUUGUAUCUUCCAGACAUCGGACCGGAGCCCAUCGAGCAUGCUGCGCAAUCUGCACUGGGGUUGCUCAUAAGUCAACCACAGCUGUCACUGCCCACGAUCAACUCAGACAGACAAAAGCUCGGACUCCCUGCACUCAAAGUAACGGACACGUUUUCAUACAGUCCAUUUUUGCAUAUCCAGGCGUCCUGUCCUUCUUUAGAAUUUCAGGAGGGCCCCGAGCCUGUGCUCCCGCAGGCGCAGUAUGUCGGGCCAUUGGUCACGCGUGUUGCGGGUGCCAACCUUGGUGUGCCGACGUGGUGGAACGAUGUUGUCAACGCAACCUCUGUCAUUGGGAUCACACAAGGCACCUUUGCCAUGAAUCCCACAUCACUCAUCAUCCCCGCCAUCCAGGCGCUUCAGGGGGACAAGAGACAUCUGUUGGUUGUGCCCUCAAAACAUGCAAACGAAAUCCGAGAAAAGAUUAGUGUCGAAGACAACGUUCGCAUUGCAGAAUGGGUCCCGUACGACAUGUUACUUCCGCGGUGUCGCCUCCUCGUUACAAAUGGAGGCUACGGAAGUGUCACCCAAGCGCUCUCGCAUGGCGUCCCGCUCGUCUGCGCAGGUACUUCCGAAGACAAGAGAGAUACUGCCGCGAGGGUAACAUGGGUUGGCGCGGGCAUCGAUCUCAAAACCGACACACCUUCGGUAAAUCAGGUUCGCGACGCUGUCCAUAGAGUGCUCGAGGAAAAGACUUUCGCAAACAAUGCUGCCAAGGUCGGAAAAGAACUCAACGCCCAGGGGGGUGCGAAGAAAGCGUGCGAUUUGUUGGAAAAAGCCGCGACAGAGCUUGGUGCAGCAACCGCUAGUGCAUGACACAGUUGCAUUCCUGAGCAACGCGAAGGGCGAUGGCGUAGGGGUUUCUUAACUAUAUAGAGUUACAAAUUAACAUCAGCUUCACAUGGAUAACCCUUGUCAUAUAUGGAUGUUUCUGUUGGAACAUCCAUUAAAAAUAUCACAUGAUGGUAUAACAACCCAUGCAUGGGGAAUGCUUUAUCAAAGGGACAAAGAUUAACUAGAUUGGAUAUUCGAACCUCGGGUAUGAUUCAUUGCACGCUCAGUCUGAACUGAUUUACGGCGUAUAAGCCUAGUAUAUAAGGCUCAUACAAUAGUCGAUACUUUGAAGUUAGAAAAGACAUUCACAGUAGGAGC